ACCCUUUGGUUCACUUAUUUCUCUUUCACAGACUCUCUUAGACGCACUGUAUACACUUUAUUCUAUUACCUUGGUGACCUUUUACAUGAUGAAAUUAUGAUACUGCUUCCACAUGUUAAUUAUUCUCAGAGAGCCUAGAGAAAAGACUUCAUCUUUUUCCUCAAAUCACUUUAAGAUUAAAAGCAUAAAAACAAAUGUAAGUGCAUUUUACACUCUUCCUCUUCCUUUUUCUAUAUCAUAGAUUUCAAGCCCCCUUCAAAUCACAAAAAGAUGGCUCACAUCAUUGCUGGAGUAGUGGCGUCCUCAUUAGUUCUCCUUUUUACAAUAUUCUUUGUUGCUUGGAGGAGAAGCAGAAACAGUAUGUCAAAGGAAGAAGAAUUAAGAGGACUAGAUCUACUGACUGGUGUAUUUACCAUCAGACAAAUCAAAGCUGCGACAAACAACUUUGAUGCUGCAAAUAAAAUUGGGGAAGGUGGUUUUGGCUCUGUCUACAAGGGUACACUACUGGAUGGUACCGUUAUUGCUGUUAAGCAGCUUUCAUCCAAAUCGAAACAAGGGAACCGUGAGUUUGUAAAUGAGAUAGGUAUGAUCUCUGGUUUACAGCACCCAAAUCUUGUCAAACUAUAUGGAUGUUGUGCUGAAGGAAAUCAACUUCUAUUGGUGUAUGAGUACUUGGAGAACAAUAGCCUCGCCCUUGCUUUAUUUGGUCCAGAAGAACAUCGUCUCCAAAUAGACUGGCCAACAAGGCAAAAAAUCUGCAUUGGGAUAGCAAAAGGCUUAGCUUUCCUACACGAAGAAUCGUCAUUAAAAAUUGUUCAUAGGGACAUCAAAGCAACAAAUGUACUUCUUGACAAGAAACUAAACCCAAAGAUCUCUGACUUUGGUCUGGCCAAACUUGACGAUGAGGAUAAAACACAUAUCAGCACUAGAAUUGCUGGAACCAUAGGAUAUAUGGCACCUGAAUAUGCACUAUGGGGCUACUUAACCUACAAAGCAGAUGUCUACAGCUUUGGAGUUGUUGCGUUAGAGAUUGUUGCUGGGAAGAACAAUAUGAAAUAUCGCCCUAAUGAGAAAUUUGUUUGUCUUCUGGAUUGGGCCCUUGUUCUACAAAAGCAUGGAAAACUGAUGGAACUAGUAGAUGAAACAUUGAGUUCAGAUUUCAAGAAGGAUGAGGCUCUAAGGAUGAUAAACGUAGCUCUGCUAUGUACCAAUCCAUCUCCAGCACUUAGACCAACCAUGUCUGCAGUAGUCAGCAUUCUUGAAGAUCAUCUUGACCUUCCUGAGUUUAACUUGGAAUCAAGAUCCCAUGAUGAUGAUGAUGAUGAGCUCAAGUUUCAAGGGUUAAGAGACAAGUAUGACGAGAUGCGGAGCUUGAGCGAAAGUCAAACACUUACUCAUUCAUCCAACACUACACGAAGAGAUUGCUCUUCCACUACAUCUGAAUCGGCUUAAUUAAAUUCACAGUCAGAUCAAUAUUGUGAAACAAAGAGUAACAUACUAUGGACUAUAUAUGUGAUGUGAGUGUAAUAGCCUAUACUGGCUAUACAGAUACUACUUUGGAAGAGACGCCAUUCCAAGCAAAUGGUAAACCUCUACUACUAAUACUAAUGUCUGGAAAACAGCCAUGAGAACUGAUACGAAUAAGGAAUUUGAACCU